AUGUGCAGUAGAUGGUCGGACAGAUUACAGAGAAAAAUCACUGACCUCAUCCUGUUUAAGAACCGUCAGCUGCGAAGUUUCUCCCGGUUGUUGUUGAACAGUAACUAUCUACAGUUUGCCCAACUUGCAGAGGAUAACGAAAUCUACCUGGAGGAUCUGAUUGGCCGUUUGGAAGAAAACACUCCCGGUGACGUUGAUUCGGUCUGGAUUUUUCCAGUAGGAAAAAUCAAUCACCUUUGCCUGUCGAAGGAGCGUUGCAUCCGGAAGCUGGAAGCAUUCGAGCGCAUUUGCUGGAACUACGAAGACCUUCAGUUUAAGCAAACAUUUUUCCAGCGACUUUCAAGCACAGAGAAUUCCUUACGAAGUUUUUUUCAAGCGUUUAUCAACGAAGUUGAAGAUCUCAUUCAGCAACUUCCGGAAAUAAGUUUGGUGGCCGAUUUCCAAUCGCUUCUUCGACAAACCAGUUUUCUUCAUCUGAUCGUUCUCAAGAAUCACGCGAACGUGAGAAAUAUCAUCUCCUCAGUUCCGUUGAAGACAUUUUCGGCAUAUAGCACUGCAAAUCUCAAAAUCGAAGUUCUGCACCUCUUUCAAAACUUACUGCUGCGCUACCUACAGCUGCUGGACGAAAUGGAUUCGUCCCAUUCCUCUUCGCUGGAGUCGGUGCGGGAUAAGCUAAACCUGGAAAUCACCAGAUCCCGGUCGGAGCUUGUAAUUCAGGAGGCGGAGGUGGCGGAGCUUCGGCAGGAAAUGUUUCCUACCUCAGAGGUUAGUUUGAAAGUACAACGAGAUGCUGCGAUCGAUCGGAUGGAGUUGAAAGAAUUGGACCUGGAAGUUCAAAUCCGAACCAUUGAUGGGCUGCAAAGUGACAUUCAAGGGCUGGAGUAUCAGGUGGCAAAGCUGAUCGAGGAACGACAACGCGUGCAGGAGCAACUAGCAGCCGAACGGCAGGUUCUACGGGUUGGCAUUCGGGAAGUGGUACGACUCGAACGGCUGAUAGAGAAGAUUGAAAAGGAAAUUUCCGAUCGCAUGCAGGAGUUCCAGGAGAAGCUGGAAGCGUUGGAAAGAAAGCGACUAGCAAUAUUGGAAGAUGAGACACUUACCGUAGAGGAACGAGCCCGGUUGAUGGCGGAGCUGGAGCAGGAGAUUGGUGUGAUUCGAGACAAAUUUGAGGCUGACCAGCAGUUGUUAACCGAAAAAUGUGAGGAACUUAAACAGCAGUCGAAGAGUGUUACUGAAGAUUUGGAUGCUUUUAAGGAUGAGCUGGUCAAGAAGCAUCUGGACGAAAUUAGGGAGCUAGAGGAAAUGAAGAAAAAUGCCACUCCUUCUGAGCUCGAAUUGAUCAAUGCCAAAAUUGCGGCUCUUGAGCAAGAGUUUGCCGAAAAUUUAGAAAUGCUUGAUAGGGCAAAGGCCAGAGUUCAAUAUUUUGAAGAUGAAUUCGGUCGGUACUAUAUUAAUGCAGCGGGACAGAAGGUUUACAAGCGAGACACUGAGGCUUCGGAGUAUAUUUUAACUGAAGAUGGUGAAUGGGUGAAGAUACGAGAGGGUGUGACUGUUGUGCAAGAUGAGAAAGGAGAAUUUUACAUUGAUAACUUUGGAAACAAGAUAUACACAAAGAAGUAUUUUCAAGAUGAAUAUGGAAGGUAUUAUAUUGACAGUGCUGGUAAUAGAAUUUAUCUGGAGGAGCAAAUUGGAGGUGAGUCGUCACUGUCAGAGCCGGAACUGGCCGGAGAGGCUAGUAAGGCAGAAACAGUUGAGGAAAGUGUAGAGGAGGCUACACCCACUGGUUCUGACAUGAAUAUCUCCGAUGAAGUUAAAGAGCAGCGGGCUUCCGAUAUUAAAUACAUUCAGGGAAGCGUUGGAGUUCCGCUUCGCAAAGGGUUGGCCCUAGCGUUCCUCUAUCAGCCUUCGGAUCCAAUUGAGUUUCUUGCUAAAUUUUUGGAAAAAUAUCAUAACGACCAGACAGCCGAGGAAGAAAGAAAUCGAUUGAUGAAAGAGGUAGUGGAAGCGAAGAAAGAAAUUGAUGAAGCAGUCGGUGAGGACUCAAGAGAAGAUAUUUGUCAAUAA